CUUAUACUUCCAGUACCGCUGAGCUGACCCGGACUGUCUUUUCCUUCACAGGCUGAAUUUGCCGUCUUCAAAUCUUCUAUCUGAGUGCUUUUUACUGAGUCAAUUCUCAGGUAAGUUCCUUUUUUUGCGCGCCUUUUCCUUCGUCGUGUCGUUUGACUUGCGACCGCGAUCCCUCUUGUUUGGGCGCGCGCAAACCACGGGCUGUCCGCACGGCGGGCCAGCGCUUGCACUGCGCGCGCUACGUCCCUGAGCUUGUCACUGCCUGUUCUGUCGUCGCCCUCAUGUUCCUCACCGUCUUCUGUCUUUAUCCUGCCCCUCUCUGCUGCCAUCGUGGACCUUUCGUCCAACCCCAUCCAGUCAACUCUCCAGCCUUCUAACAGUCCUCCCAGACACCCAUCAAAAUGCCCAAGGAGAAGACCACCCGCAAGGCCGUCAAGCCCCGUGCUGAGCGCAGAAAGAAGGACCCCAACGCCCCCAAGCGUGGUCUCUCCGCUUACAUGUUCUUCGCCAACGACAACCGCGAGAAGGUCCGUGAGGACAACCCGGGCAUCUCCUUCGGCCAGGUCGGCAAGAUGCUGGGAGAGAAGUGGAAGAACCUGGAUGACGUUGGUCGUCGUCCUUACGAGGAGAAGGCUGCCGCCGACAAGAAGCGUUAUGAGGACGAGAAGGCCAGCUACAACGCUGCCGCUGAGGAAGAUGAGGAGUCGUCCUAAACGGCUUCCUCUGCUUAUGAUGGGUCUCGUCUGGCCGAUUGGCGUUUUCGUGUCGUUUCUACUGCUGAUUGUCUGAAUUGUAAUUGAUGCUUCCUACAUUUCCUCUUUUAUCUACUCAACGGCUUCUGGUAUGGGAUGAUGGCGGUUUCUAUUCUAUCCUUUUCUGUUCACGAAGGAUUUUCGAUGGGAAAUGUUUACUGUACGGACUGGGGACUACGGGACGAAUUUGACUUGAAUUGAAGGAGCCCGGUGUUGUGUUGGUUUUCACAACGACGGGAGAACCUUGUUUGAGUACCUAUGGUGGAAUAUGAAUUGAAGCCUGCAG